CCGUGCUCUCUCACUUUCUCCCUCCCUCACCGCCGCUCUCACCUCUUUCUCCGGCCACGGACGAGCCACCAGUACCGUCGCGCUCACCCUCGUCUGCCGAGUCAAUCUUCUCUUCUACCUUUUUUUUUCUUCCAUUUCGUUUGUUAAGAGAGAGGCGGCGAGCGGACCUUCUCACCGCCAAGUUAAAUCGGCGACUUAAAGCAAGAGCAGGGUAGAGAAAAGGGAAGAGUCAUCAAUUGAACUGAUCAACUCCCAGCACUGCGAUGGACGGAUCGCCGAUGAAUUCGAGGACUAUGUUGAGGGUCGCCUUUUCUGAUAGACGAUGGCGAUGGCCGCCUUUUCUGCGCUCACCCGACGUCGCGCCAGGCCUCCCCGCUGCCUGUCGUUAUCUACCUGUUUGUGAAACCGUGUUUUUUUGAUGAGGAAUGGUAGUGUUCUGUUAGAAUGGUAGUUUUUUGUUUUUUUUAAUGGUAGUUUCCUUUCAUGCAUUGGUAGUUUUCUGCAUACAUGUGAAUGGUAGUUCCCACCUGUCUCUGAAACCGUGCUUUUUUUUUAUGUUGAAUGGUAGUGUUAUUCUAGAAUGGUAGUUUUUGCUUUUUUGAAUGGUAGUUUCCUUUCAUGCAGUGGUAGUUUUCUGCAUACAUGUGAAUAUGGUGUUUGAUGUGGAUUGGUAGUCUUCAUUUGGAAUGGUAGUUUUUUAUCCAUGCAACGGUUGUGAUGCUUGAUUAAUGUUACUACCUUUCAUUUUCCAGAUUUUAGGAAUGACAAGAACCAAGAACCCCAAUCGUAGGGCUUCAAAACACAAGGAACCUAUUACCUACAGCAGUCGUCAGGUUCAAGUUGGAAGUGGGAGGCUGCUAUCCGAAUGGAAGAAUGAAUGGCAAGGGGCUUCCUACUUCAGCUCUAGGAUUGUCCAGUUCGUGAAAAGCAUAAUCGAGGAUGACAACAACUUAUUGUUAGAUGAGCUGGCUGAGCAUGCUGUUGAUAACCAUGAAGGUUUGGCCCGAGGCUACACUCAACAUGAACAGUCCUCAUCGCAUGCUUGAGUUUUUGAUUUAAAUAUUACUUCCUCGUGGACAAAAUAUUUUUUUAUAACCUUGCCACUACAAACAUCAUCAGGAAUUUAGUUCGCAAAACAUUUCUCUUGUUCAUAACUUAUAGAAGGGUUUUCAAUACAAACUCUUGGGUACUUUUCCACGUGUAAUUUUCCAUGUGUGGUGUGGAAUGGUAAUGUUCUGUUAGAAUGGUAGCAUUCAGGUUGUCGAAUGUUUGGUUCAUUUCAUGCAAUGGUAGUUUCCACCUGUCUGUGAAACCGUGCUAUUUGAAGUGGAAUGGUAGUUUUAUGUUGGGAUGGUACUUUUUUGUUUUUAUGAAUGGUAGUUUCCUUUCAUGCAUUGGUAGUUUUCUGCAUCCUUGUGAAUGGUAGUUUCCAGUCUGUUGUCCAAUACGUCUUACUCUAAAACCCCUCCAGUGUGCGAAGUCUUUGUAGAACUUGACAAAUGCUUCCCUAUUUUCAAAUCUCAAAUGAUGCCAUGUCGAUUUGUCAUCCGGGAGAACUUUAUACACCUGAUCUGCAAUUUGUAAAACAACAAUUAAUCACUACCAUUGCAAUAACUCAUACUACAACUAACAAAUCACUACCAUUUGAUGCAAAUAUAACAAAAAAUCACUACCAUUGUAGUAACUAAUACAAAAGUCAGAACCAAUACCAAUCCAAUCAAACAAAUACCAAUGCGAUAC